AUGGUUCACAAGCAUUUCUACGAGCUUUCAUGUGGAGUUGUUGAAAUGGCUUGGAUCAUGCUUAGUGUUGACUACUCCCGGCUCUUGUGGCAAUUAAUUGUGGCGAGUGAUCGAGCCACAGCAAGAGCCAUGUACAAGGGUAGUUUAGGAGGCAAAGCUCAACUUGGAUAUGUUGAAACUGAUCCUUCUGGUCGAUAUGGUCGUUUCAGGGAUAUUCUGGGCAAAGGAGCAGUGAAGGUAGUGUAUAGGGCAUUUGAUGAGGUCCUAGGACUAGAGGUGGCUUGGAACCAAGUCAAGCUUGGUGAUGUCUUCCAUUCACCAGUUCUACUUCAACGCCUUUACUCAGAGGUUCAUCUCCUUAAGAACUUGGAACAUGAUUCUAUCAUGACCUUCCAUGAUUCUUGGAUUGAUGUCAAUUGUAGAACCUUCAACUUCAUCACUGAAUUGUUCACCUCUGGCACCCUAAGAGAGUACAGAAAGAAGUACAAGCGAGUAGAUAUCAGAGCAGUGAAGAACUGGACACGCCAGAUUCUAAGUGGUUUGGAGUAUUUGCACAGCCAUGACCCUCCUGUGAUUCAUAGAGACCUCAAGUGUGACAAUAUCUUCAUUAAUGGCCAUCUGGGGCAGGUCAAGAUUGGUGAUUUGGGCCUUGCAGCUGUUCUUCGUGGCUCCCAACAUGCACACAGUGUCAUAGGUACACCGGAAUUUAUGGCACCAGAAUUGUAUGAAGAGGAAUAUAAUGAGCUGGUUGAUAUAUACUCCUUUGGGAUGUGCAUGGUAGAAAUUUUUACAUCUGAGUUUCCAUACAGCGAGUGCUCCAACCCUGCUCAAAUAUACAAGAAAGUUACUUCAGGGAAGCUGCCAGAAGCCUUUUACAGAAUCCAUGACUUGGAAGCCCAGAGGUUUGUGGGAAAAUGUUUGGCAAAUGUCUCUGAGAGGUUAUCAGCAAAGGAGCUCUUGUUGGACCCAUUUUUAGCCAAGGACCAACUAGACUCUCCACUGCCUAGCCCUACAUUACCCAGAAAACAAACCCCCACACUCAAUUUCACUGCACCACUAGCCAAAGAGCUAUCUCCAAUGAGUGACCAAACAAAGGACACACACAUGACCAUCACUGGAUCAAUCAAUGAAGAGGAUGACACAAUUUUCCUUAAAGUACAAAUUUCUAAUAAAAGUGGGGAAAAGAGGAAUAUAUUCUUUCCAUUUGACACCAUAAACGACACUGCGAUUGAUGUGGCAAUAGAGAUGGUUAAAGAACUUGAAAUUAGUGACUUGGAACCAUUGGAGAUUGCAGAGAUGAUUGAGGAAGAAAUAUCAGCUUUAGUCCCAACAUGGAGGGAUUGGGGCUCCUCUAAGUAUCAAAGACAACAUAGUUUUAGCUAUGAAGAAGAGUAUGAUAUGAGUAACCACCACCGUUACUUCUCAUCAUCUUCUCGCUCUUCCUCUCAUGGUUCUUCCCAUAAGAAUAAUUCCCACCUCCGCGGGAACCAAUACCCUUUUGCCAAAGAUUGGCCUCAAGCUAUUACUAUUGUUUUCAGUGCCAUUAAAGAUUUUGAUUUGGCCACCACUAUGAACUAUUUUGCAGAUGAACUAUUUAUGAACGAUGAUGCAAGCUCUCAAAGCUCAAUGAACUCCUUCAAGUGUUUCAAUUUCAAUUACUGUGACCCUGGCAUUGAAGAUGGGCAUGAUCCAACUUUAGUACUAGGAGAAGAAGCCCUUUGCUACUCCCCAAAAGGCAACGACAAUUUCACAAGAUUCUGUCCUCGAGAAGAAGUGGAAGAUGCUGAUUUCACCAAACAGUUUUGCAACAUGAGAAUGGAUUCUCAUAGGUAUCAUGGAAUCCAGAGGCUAACCAGAUUGCGUUCCUUUGUGGAUCCGAGGAGACAACAACUGCAACGAUCAUUGAUGGAAGAGAUUCACAAGAAAAGGAUGUUCAAGACGGUUGGUGCCAUUGAAAACAUUGGGUUUCAGAAUCCAGAGGGAGGUGCGAAUUUUUCUUAUUAA